AACCACAACACUUGCGGCACGCAAAUCCUCAAAAAUCACCCAUCCAGCCGGCUGGGAUUCAGAGAUUUGCAACAGGUAUUGUCAGAAUUGUGCGGCCUCAUCUUUCACUCGCGAGCCACAACGAACGAACGGAGUUUGGGCGAGAUCUUGGUCACAGCCUGGCCCUGCGUCAUCCUCGACCGCGCUUUCCGGUCCGCUAACUCCAGUUGCUGUACGAGCGAGCUUGCGCCUGCGCUUGCUCUUCCACUUGCUCUUGCACCUCCCACCUGCUCUUGCUCUUGCGCUUGCUCUCGCUCCUGCUCUCUCUCACUCGCACACGCGUACCAACCACAGCUUUGCUUCCCCACCCGAGCUUACCAAGGCAGGCACGACCAAUAACUCCUCCUUGGGCGAGCUGCUUCCUCCUCGUUCAACCUCGAUAGUCGCGCCUCCCUUAUCUGCCUGUCCGUAUCCGACAACGUAAGCCAUCUACAUCCGUCUGCACUUCCAUGAGCAGAAAUUGUUGUUCUUCCACCGUCGCAUUCCAAUCCCCUGCCUAGCGUCAUCGUGCUUGACACCUGGGCUUUGGCUGCCUUCUACCUCAGCAAAAAACUGGCUCAAAGGCAUCGUCAUCGCGACCCCUACAUCCACUCGCUACCAGCUUCGAACGGGCCAAACUUCCGCGCCGCCACUCGAACUGCGAGGACUGUUAUUGUCGUCGAGUUACGCUUUCUCUCAUUCCUGCAACGCCUUUAUCGACCUCCUUAACAAACCACACGUACUCGAAUUUGGCAUCUCCACAGCAUAUUGAGCUAUUCCGUUGGCCUGUAGCGAGCAAGCAGCCUAUACUAUCAUUGCGCUGCUUCAGUACGUCCUUGACGGGGCAGCUGGCUAGCUAUAAUUACUGCCAGCAAGUCCUUUCUGCGACAUGGGCAAUCAGCCGUCAAAAGAUAAGAAAGGCGGUGACGACUCCGCGAAGGAUUCCGCGUUCAAGUCAUAUCCUUCAUUCAGCAGAUCGGACACGAAGGAUUCACGCAGAUCCAUCUCAUCAGCCAUCCGAUCGAAGAUUCCGAACACCGGAAAGGAUAGCCCACGAUCCUCUGGCAUCCUCGAAACAAGCGAUGACAAAGCGGACGCUGCCUCUGCAAAGUCUGCGGCAAGCAAUGCGAAGGCAAAUGGAGCGAAAUCGAGCAAAGCACCAAGCACUUCUCAACCGCGACCUCCAUCUACCGACACCCCUACUGCAAAAGAGGCGAAGGAUGCGCUCGAGGAUGUAGAUAAGUCACCGCCACCAUCACCCACGCAGUCUCAAUCAGUAGGAAGAGGCCAUGAGUCUGUUGAUCAGGCUCAACGAGCUGGAGAGGUCGACCACGUGUCUGAUGCUCCUCCUUCUGGUGUGCCAUUGCACGACUCUAAUGCCAAACCGAAGGAACCCAUAUUGAUGAUGAAGAAAGACCAGGCAAUUCCGCGGGUUCCAGAGCCAGAGCCGGAAACAUCUGAAUCUCCCAUGGAAUUGUCCGCUAUCAAGUCCAUUGAUCUUGAUGACAUGAUCAAGCGACUUUUGGAUGCAGCAUACGCCGGCAAAGUUACCAAGACGGUAUGUUUGAAGAAUGCUGAGAUCACGGCCAUAUGCCAAGCUGCACGCGAGCUGUUUCUCUCGCAGCCAGCUUUACUUGAGCUUGCGCCACCAGUGAAGAUUGUGGGCGAUAUCCACGGACAGUAUACUGAUCUGAUUCGUAUGUUCGAGAUGUGCGGGUUUCCUCCUGGAUCGAAUUACCUGUUUCUCGGCGAUUAUGUCGAUCGUGGAAAGCAGUCGUUGGAGACGAUUCUGUUGCUGUUAUGUUACAAGCUGAAAUACCCCGAGAACUUCUUCUUACUUCGUGGGAACCACGAGUGCGCUAAUGUUACGCGCGUGUAUGGCUUCUAUGAUGAAUGCAAGAGGCGCUGCAAUAUCAAAAUAUGGAAAGGAUUCAUUGACACCUUCAACACGCUUCCAAUCGCUGCAAUUGUUGCAGGAAAGAUCUUUUGCGUCCACGGAGGCCUCUCGCCGUCACUUAGCCACAUGGACGACAUUCGGAACAUUGCUCGCCCUACGGAUGUGCCGGACUAUGGCUUGUUGAAUGAUCUGCUCUGGUCUGACCCUGCCGACAUGGAGAAUGAUUGGGAAAGCAACGAACGUGGAGUGUCAUAUUGUUUCGGAAAAAAGGUCAUCAUGGAGUUUUUGCAAAGACAUGACUUCGAUCUUGUGUGUCGCGCUCACAUGGUUGUUGAAGAUGGAUAUGAAUUCUUCAACGACAGGAUCUUGGUCACGGUAUUCUCCGCGCCUAAUUAUUGCGGCGAAUUUGACAAUUGGGGGGCGGUCAUGUCUGUCUCCGCCGAACUUUUGUGCAGCUUCGAAUUGCUCAAGCCACUCGACUCGAGCCAGCUCAAGUCGCACAUUAAGAAGGGACGUAACAAGAGGCAGACCAUGCUGAACAGUCCGCCCGCAAACCAGUAUCCACAGAGCUUCCCAGGAUAGUCGACAACCGGCUAGCAAUUGUAUUCAAUUACGUAGCCUAUCGUAUUGAGAUGAUAACGCACACCAGCGUUAAGACUCCUCCGAGCAUGAAUCUUUCACCGCAGCUUAGCCAGAAAGGUCCUCUAUAUGCAACGAGUUACAAGGCAUCCACAAGGCAUCCAUCGGUUUAAUGUCCAGACUUCCCAUCGAAUAUGGAUCAACAUCACGGUCAUCGAACUGCAUGUGAAUCACAAGUACGAGUUGUUGACAAGACAGACCGAGGGCCUUCGAAGAAAACAAGCCUCAGAGGGGAAAUGAGCUGGCUGUGGCAGUAUUUCAAAAGAAACCUUUCCUUCUAAAUUCACAAUGAGGUGUGACAGGUUUGCUAGAGGAGGAAGUGCAACGUCAACGGCGUUGGCGGUCACCAAAGCAGUCGUUCGUCUGAUUCAAAGAACGAGAAACGCCUUUGAUGCUUCGUCUGUAGAAAAAGUCACUCUUUUUACGUCCUCUGCUGCACUGUAUCGUUCUCUUGAUGCGAACUUCCUAUUGGUUCACGUCCAC